CUUGUUACUUGUUAUUGCAGUUGAGUCUAGCGCCGAGAGACCUGUUUUGUAUGUAAACUCCUGCUGUCAGUUCUGUUUUAUAAGUUAUUGUAACGUUUGAUCUUAAAACCUCGUGUAAAAGUUUAUUUAUUAGUGAUUAGCCUUUGGCUAGUGCAUUGAGCGUUAAAAUGCCUACAGAAAACCUGUCUGAUAAACGCAUGUCCAAGUUCAAAAACAAGGGCAAGGAGCCAACGAAAAUGCGUGACCGCAGAAUUGCAGAAUGCGUUGAGCUUCGAAAAGCUCAAAGGGUUGAAAGUAUUUUGAAGAGGAGAAAUAUUUCAUCCUUGGGAGAUGAGGAACCUCUGUCACCAGAGUUUAACACUGACAACGAACAGGUCAUAUCUGCAACGAUUCAAGAGAUUGUUGCAAAUGUGAACAGUGACUGCCCAGAGAAGCAGAGACAAGGUUGUCAAGCAGCUAGGAAGCUGCUUUCUCGGGAGAGGAAUCCUCCCCUUAAGGAGAUUGUAGAAGCAGGACUUCUGACUCGUUUUGUGGAGUUUCUAGGGAGGCAUGAUGACCCCACGCUGCAGUUUGAGGCUGCCUGGUCUCUUACUAAUGUUGCAUCUGGCACCUCCUGGCACACACAGCAGGUGGUAGAGCAUGGAGCGGUGCCAGCCUUCAUCGCCCUGCUCGCUUCUCCAAUGUUGAACAUCAGUGAACAGGCUGUCUGGGCUUUGGGCAACAUUGCAGGUGAUGGUCCAUCAUAUAGAGAUGCCCUGAUUGACUGUGGCGUCAUCCCUGCGUUGUUGGCACGGCUCACACCAGAUGCUCCUGUGAGUUUCUUCUGGACAUCCCACACCUCUGAAAUAGCAAUUGUAAACAAAAAUGCAGAAUGUAAACCACACAAUGUUUUGCAGGUGGGAUACCUUCGCAACCUUACAUGGACCCUAUCGAACCUUUGUAGGAACAAGAAUCCCUUCCCUCGUUUCAGUGCUGUUCAACAAAUGCUUCCCUCCAUAAUCCAACUGCUCCACCACAGUGACAAAUCCAUCCUGUCUGAUGCAUGCUGGGCCAUUUCGUACCUCACUGAUGGACCCAAUGAACGGAUUGAUGUGGUCAUCAAGACUGGAAUCCUUCCUCGGUUGGUUGAGCUUUUGGGCUUUGAGGAACUGGCUGUGGUGACACCAGCCCUACGUUCAAUUGGGAACAUUGUCAGCGGCUCAGACCUGCAGACUCAAGCGGCCAUUGAUGCAGGCGUAUUGAGUGCCUUGCCACAACUGAUGCGACACCCUAAGUCCAGUGUACAGAAGGAGGCAGCUUGGGCAGUGUCCAACAUUGCAGCUGGACCCUGCCAACAGAUUCAACAGCUCAUCACAUGUGGAUUGUUGGCUCCUCUAGUGGAUCUCCUAAGGAAUGGUGACUUUAAAACCCAGCGAGAGGCAGUAUGGGCAGUGACUAACUACACAAGUGGUGGGACUGUGGACCAAGUUGUUCAUCUGGUCAAGUGUGGAGCUUUAGAGGCCAUCUUGAACUUGCUUCAAGUUAAAGACACCAAGACUGUCCUGGUCAUCCUAGAUGCCAUAAAUAACAUUUUCUUGGCUGCUGAGAAACUUGGAGAGGUGGAUAAGCUUUGCUUGCUGGUGGAGGAAGUAGGAGGGCUGGAUCGAAUUGAGUUGCUUCAAAACCAUGAGAACAAUGCUGUUUAUAGAGCGGCUCAAGCUCUCAUUGAGAAGUAUUUCAGUGAGGAUGGUGAAGAUCAGUGCCUGACAACUGAAGCCACAGACACAAACUUUGUCUUUGGAGCAUCUGAAGUCCAAAAAAAAUUUGACUUUUGAUAAAUUAUUAAAGCUUCAAUUAAAUAAAAGGAUUAAUUUUUGCAGUA